GCCUGCGCGGUUGACGCUGCCAGGGGGCGGGCUGAGGGGGCGGGCUGACGGGCCGCGGCGCUGGCCCGCUGAUAGUUCCUGCCGGACCUGGGUGGUUGUGUCCGCCCGGGGUUCUGUCGCUCCAUGGUACGCCCGUGAGGCUGGCUGCCGGCGGCCGUCUCCUCGAAAUGGAGCACAUCCGUACGACCAAGGUUGAGCAAGUGAAAUUACUUGACCGAUUCAGUACCAGCAACAAGUCUCUAACAGGAACACUCUAUCUUACAGCCACACAUCUAUUAUUUAUAGACUCUCAUCAGAAAGAAACCUGGAUAUUGCAUCACCAUAUUGCCUUAGUGGAGAAACUAGCUUUGACUACUUCUGGAUGCCCACUUGUGAUUCAGUGCAAGAACUUCAGGAUUGUGCAUUUCAUUGUUCCCAGAGAAAGAGAUUGCCAUGAUAUUUACAAUUCCCUGCUACAACUGUCAAAACAAGCAAAAUAUGAAGAUCUCUAUGCAUUCUCUUACAAUCCCAAACAAAACGAUUCGGAGCGACUCCGGGGCUGGCAGCUCAUUGACCUUGCCGAGGAAUAUAAGAGGAUGGGAGUGCCAAAUUCAAACUGGCAGCUGUCUGAUGCCAACCGAGAAUACAAGAUUUGUGAAACUUACCCCAGAGAACUUUAUGUUCCCCGAAUAGCAAGUAAACCAAUAAUUGUUGGUAGUUCCAAGUUCCGGAGCAAGGGAAGAUUCCCAGUUCUUUCCUACUAUCAUGAACAUAAAGAGGCUGCCAUUUGUCGAUGUAGUCAGCCACUAUCAGGAUUCAGUGCCAGGUGCCUGGAGGAUGAACAUUUGCUUCAAGCCAUUAGUAAAGCCAACCCAGUCAAUCGCUAUAUGUAUGUAAUGGAUACCAGGCCCAAACAUCGCAUGCAGAGCUGGUGGGCUACACAAAAGGACAUUGGCAGAAUUAUAGUGAGGAUUUCUUCAAAAAUCUGGAAUGAUGAGAAAAUAAGAGAAAGCGAUGAGAAAAAGCGACUGAAUGCAAUGGCCAACAGAGCAGCUGGAAAAGGUUAUGAAAAUGAAGACAACUAUUCUAAUAUUAGAUUUCAGUUUGUUGGAAUUGAAAAUAUUCAUGUCAUGCGGUCCAGCCUUCAGAAGUUAUUGGAAGUUAAUGGUACCAAAGGGCUUUCUGUCAGUGAUUUCUACUCUGGUUUGGAGAGCUCAGGAUGGCUUCGCCAUAUCAAAGCUGUUAUGGAUGCAGCAAUCUUCUUAGCCAAAGCAAUAACGGUUGAAAGUGCAAGUGUGUUGGUACAUUGUUCUGAUGGUUGGGAUAGGACGUCCCAGGUCUGUUCCCUUGGCUCUCUCUUACUGGAUUCCUACUACAGGACAAUCAAAGGAUUCAUGGUUUUAAUAGAAAAGGAUUGGAUCUCUUUUGGACAUAAGUUUUCAGAGAGGUGUGGCCAUUUGGAUGGUGACCCAAAGGAAGUCUCACCGGUGUUUACUCAGUUCUUGGAAUGUGUGUGGCAUUUGACCGAACAGUUUCCACAAGCCUUUGAAUUCAAUGAAGCGUUUCUCCUUCAGAUCCAUGAACAUAUUCAUUCAUGCCAAUUUGGAAACUUCCUUGGAAAUUGUCAGAAGGAAAGAGAAGAACUCAAGUUAAAGGAGAAGACUUACUCCCUGUGGCCUUUUCUCCUGGAUGACCAGAAGAAGUACUUAAAUCCUCUCUACACUUCCAAAUCUCCAAAAUUUACAGUUUUGGAGCCAAAUACAGUAUCUUUCAAUUUUAAGUUUUGGAGAAACAUGUACCACCAAUUUGACCGAACAUUGCAUCCUAGACAGUCUGUGUUUAAUAUAAUUACGAAUAUGAAUGAGCAAAAUAAGCAGUUAGAGAAAGAUAUUAAAGACUUAGAAUCUGCACACCUGAGAGAUACUGGGAUUUGAUUCCAGACCACUACAACAGAGUAAAUAUCACAAUAAAAGAGAGACAGAGCACGAGCAGGGGACGGGCAGAGAGGGAGACACAGAAUCUGAAGCAGGCUCCAGGCUCUGAGCUGUCAGCACAGAGCCCAACGCGGGACUCGAACUCACAAACCAUGAGAUCAUGACCUGAGCUGAAGUCAGAUGCUUAACUGACUGAGCCACCCAGGUGCCCUGCUUCAGUUUCUCUUUUAAGUUUGUUAAUUCUUGUUUCACAUCUUUUUGUUCAUUUCUAUUCUGAGUUUUUGAAUUUAUGAUUAGUGGUUGUUUAUCAUAUCAGCACUUCUUUUAAUUAUAUUUUAAUGCAUGUUGUCGUGUUGCUACAGUUUGCCUCCACUUGUAGCAUUUAUCUUUGGGAUUUCAUCUACUGAAAAGUUUUAAUUCUCGUUUUUGCUUUCUUUUUAUAAUAACUUCCCAAGGAUGCUUGUUUUUGUUUGCUAUUCAUAAGCGUUUGUGUAGGAUUUUCUUGGAACAGUUGUAGCAGGUGAUCCUAUGAAGAAGAAUGGAAGAAUUAGCAUGUAUUGCUAAUUUAAGAACUUCCUCUUCUGUUGCUAUAGUGAAGUACAGUUUCUUUAAUAAAUGUGCCUUUGUUGUCUGUCUUUGGAUUUAUUUAUAUUAUCUUGUCUUGGUAAAAGGCUUAUCUUUCUUUAGCUGUCUUCUUCUUUCCCAAUACCUCCACCUUUCAAGAUACUUUCUUUCCACUGGAAGUAACGUCUUCCUAAGAUCACCACAACAUACAUCCUAAGCUCCUUCUUUUUGACUCUAUAGUUUAAGAUAUGGUGUCAAUAUUUCUUCAUGUAGAGAGGAAUUCUCUAUGGGAAUGAACUAUAGCUGAUGUUAACUGUCACAUUGCACUCUCUCACCUGACUGUCCACUUUGGGUGGACAUUUUCCACCUGACUGUCCACUUUGGGUGGAGAACCAGUUCUGCUGGUCUCAGAUCUUUAGUCCCUUAGUCACAUUUAAAUUGAAAUGUAUGAAAUUCUCUCAGUUAUGCUGCAAACGUGUGCCAGGAAGGACUUAAUUUGUCCUCCCCGUUCACCUUUACAGCUACACCGAUGAAUAUGUGGAAGUUCUAAUGGGACUAAUUGGAUCUAGGGGUGGCGGGGGUCACGUGGUUGCACUCGAGGCCAAAGGCAAGGUAGGUGUGGUUACUGUAACGGGGACAGCAGAGUCAAAACGGCAGUUAGAGUGGUCGACUCAUAAAGACCGGUGGCAUUGGCUAGUUGAUAAUGGUGUUUCCAGAAGUGAAAUAGAUAGGAAACCUACUAAAUUCUUACUUGAUCUGUACAAGCAGAAAAGUUUAUGCUCAUGGAAUUCAUUGGCCUUGCUGCGUUGUCUAAACAGCUGGCCUGAUAGGACAAUGGAACGGUCCUUUGAAGAUUCAGUUGUAGUGCCAGCUCGGUGGCAAUACCUUGCGGGGCUGGGACAAGGUUCUCCAGAAGGCUGGGCAUGCUCUGGAUCAGUGUCCAAUAUAUGUUGCUUUUUCUCCCAUAGCCAGGAGUCAUGAUUCUAGGAAUUGCUCACUAUUACUCCUCUGGGAGUAAUAGGAUUAUUCACUAUUACUCCUAGUGACCCGCUAGCAAAACUUUUGCUUUCUCUUCCCAUGAUGUCAUGCUCUGCUGGCCUACAUAGUCUUAGUUUGAGAGGGAGGAAUGCCUCCACCAGGAAACACACCAAUGAUUUCAUGAGCUGGACGUGAAGACUGCCACCUGCCCGUGUUGGGCUCCUCAUGCCUUUGAAUCAACAGGCAAAGAAGGGAGUUACCGUGUUGGCUGGGCGAUUGGUCCCGACUACCAAGAGGAAAGUGGACUGCUGUCACACAGCGGAGGUGAGGAAGAGUGUGUCUAGAGUACAGCAGAUCCUUGUGGGCUUCUCUUAAUAGUACCAUGGCCUGUGAUUAAGGUCAGUGGAAAACGACAGGAACCCUAUCCAGUCAGUUACUGAUGAUGCAGACCCUUCAGGAAUAUAGGUUUGGAGAAGUCAGGGGAGGUACCUGGGCAGCUCAGUCAGUUCAGUGUCUGACUCUAGAUUUCAGCUCAGGUCAUGAUCUCACAGUUCGUGAGUUCAAGCUCUGCAUCAGGCUCCAUGCUGGCAGUGUAGAGCCUGCUUGCGAUUCUGUCCCUCUCCCUCUCUCUGCCCCUUCCCAUCUCUCUCUCUCUCUCUCUCUCUCUCUCUCUCUAAGUAAAUAAAUAAACUUAAAAACAAGUGUUUUUUUUUAAAGGAAUGUAGGUUUGGGUCACUCCAGCAGGUGAAGAACCAUGACCAGCUGAGGUGCUGGCUGAAGGCAAAAGGACUACAGAAUGGGUAGUGGGAAGAGGUACUUACGAACGCCAGAAAUGACCAUGUGACCAGUUACAGACUGAGGACUAUCGUUUUCAUGAGUAUUUCCUUCUUAUAUUGAUGAAUACAUUUGUGUGAGUAUAUAUAUGAAGCAAAUAUCCUUGUUUUCUUUCCUGUCUUGUUCCCUCAUUAUAUAGCGUAUCAUGUAUUCACUAUAUCAUAGUAUCUAAGUGUUGUUAAUGUCAUAUCGUAGUAUUUAAGUUACAGGACAUCAAGGAGAAGAGUAAACAUCACUCAAGGAUUUUAUUUCCUCUUUUGGGGAAGGGGCUAGUCAUUUUUCAGUUGUAUGCAGAAGAGUUGUGUCAUGUUAGGCAGAAUUAGGAUCCGGUUAUUUUCUUUAUUUGGAGAGAAGUAUGGUUUAACAAGGUAUGUAUGGGCCCAAGUUGACAAGGGGUGGGCUUGUGGUGAUUAAUUUUGUGUGUCAACUUGACUGGGUCAUGGAUACCCAGAUACUCAGCUGAACGUCAUUCGGAGUGUUCUGAGUGUGUUUCUGGAGGAGAUAGCAUUUGAACUGGUGGACUCAGUAAAGCAAUGUGGGUGGGCAUCUUCCAGUCCAUUGAAGGUAUGAAGAGAAUGAAACAAGGAGAAAGAACUUACCCUCUUCUUCUGCCUGAAUGAUCCAGCUGGGACACUGGUCUUCUCUAGCCCUAGGACUGGAGUUUACACUAUUGGGUCCCCCUGAGUCUCACGCCUUCAGACUCGGACUGAAUUAUGUUUCUGGCUUUCCUUGGGUCUCCAGUUUGCGGAUGGUAGAUCACGGGACUUCUCAGCCCAUGUAAUCAUGUGAGCCAGUUUCUCGUAAUAAAUCUCUUUCUCUGUGUGUAUCCUUUUGCUUCUGGUUCUCUGUAGAACUCAGACUAACAGAGGUAGCUACGAUUAUCCAGUGGGGACCCAGGAGUCCCCAUCUCUUCUUCUUAGGGUCUUUCUAUUCUGUUUGUUUAUUUUGAGAGAGAGUGUGUGUAUAAGGAAAAAAGAAAUAGACCAAAGAAAGCCCUGUGGUAAUAAUAAUUUGAAUUAAUAUUGUCUAAACUUAUUAUUUUUUAAAGUUAUUUAUUGGUUCUUUUCUCAAGUUUCUUUGGUUAUUAGGAUCCCCUAAGAUUCAUGUGAAUUUAUGGAUAUGCUUUUCUAUUUCUGCAAAAGCGCUGUGGAAUUUUUGAUGGGCAUUUUAUUGAACCUCUAAAUUGCUUUGGAUAGUGUUGACAUCUUAUCUCUAUUAAGAUUCUUAUUUAUGAACGCAGGAUGUCUUUCCAUUUAUUUGAAUUUCCUUUAAUUUCUUUCACCAACAUUUUAUAGUUUUCAGUGUACCUCCUUGUUAAGUUUAUUCCUAAGUAUUUUGUUCUUUUUGAUGCUAUUAUAACUGGAAUUGUUUCCUUAAUUUCCUUUUUAGAUUGUUCAUUGCUAGCAUAUAAAACCCCCACUCAUUUUUGUCUGUUGAUUUUGUCUCCUGCAAUUUUGCUACAUUCAUUUAUUAGCUCUAACAGUUUUAUGUGUGAGGGGGAGACUUUAGGGUUUUACACAUGUAAGAUCAUGUCAUCUGUGAACAGAAAUACUUCUUUUUUUUUUCCAAUUUGGAUGCCUUUUGUUUCUUUGUCUUGCCUACUUGCUCCAGCUAGGACCUUCAGUAGUAAGUUGAAUGGAAAGGGUGAAAACAGGCAUUCUUUUUUAAAAUUAUUUUUAUUUUGUUAUUGAACUUUUUUCUUUUACUUUAGAGAUAGAGAGACAGUGCACAAACAGAAGAAAGGGGCAGAGGGAGAGAGAGAAUCUUCAGCAGGUUCCAUGCCCAGAGCAGAGCCUGGCACAGGGCUCAAUCCCACACCCCUAAGAUCAUGACCCUAGCCACAGUUAAGAGUCAGAUGCUCAACCAACUGAGCCACCCAGGCACCCCAAAAACAGGAAUUUUUAUAUUGUUCUUGAUCUUAGGGGAAAAGCUUUCAGUCUUUCACCAUCGAGUAUGGUGUUAGCUAUGAGUUUUUCAUAGGUGGCCUUUACCAUAUUGAAGAAAUUUUCUUCUAUUCCUAGUUUGCUGAGUGUUUUUAUUAUGAAAGGACAUAGAAUUUUGUCAAAUGAAUGUUCUGCAUCAAUUGAGAUAGUCAGUUUUUUCCUCUUCUUUCUGAUUUUUGUAUGUUGAACCAUCUUUGCAUUCCAAGAAUAAAUCCCACUUGAUCAUGGUCUAUAAUCUUUUUAACGUGCUGUUGAACUCAGUUUGCUAGUAUUUUGUUCUCUCGUGUUGGCAUGGUAUAGGUUGGUAAACUACAGGAAGAGUGACCGCCAUGAAAAUCUGACACUUCAGCAAGGAAAAAGAGACAAAAGCAUAUCUCAACUGCAUUAACUGAGCCAUCAUCCUUCCAACUCAUCUCAAAUUUGUGUUUU